AUGAAUAAAUAUUUAAUAUUUCUAGUGGCUUCUGUAUUAAUCAUACUAGUCACAUACUAAGUAACUCAAGAUACUUACCUAAAAAAAAAGUAAAUUCAUAAUUUUAAAAAUAAUCAUCAAAGAGAAAUAGGAUAUGCAAAUGAUAAUGAAGAUUGUAGAAAUAAAUGUACUUAAGCUAAUGGAAUCAAUUGUGGAAAGAAUUGGUAAAAUUGUUGUAUUCCUGAUCAAUGUGAUAUUGGAUGGUUGACAGAAAUUUGUGAUAAAAGAAUUAGAAUUAUUGGAUGCACAGAUGAAUGA